AUACUUAUCCCCCCGAUCUCACAUCUUCUCCCUCUCAGCCGCUCUUUCUCAGAAAAGCAUCCCGUCCCACUGUCCACCACCCCCCGGAAUCAAAAUCACACCAAAAGCUCACCGCAGCCCCACUCCUUUCUCCCGCCCAAAAAUCGCCACUCCAUCAUGUCCAACGGUAUCGAAGGCCAAAUGAAAACAAUGAGCCUUUCUGGCGCUGCCAAGUCUUACAUCCCUCCCCACCUCCGUAACCGCCCCGCUGCCCCAGUCGCCCCGCCUGCCGCCGCCGCCCCCGCCCCUGCUUACCGACCUUCCCCUACCGGUCUCCCCACCCCCGCCACCACUCCCCCUACCAGGAGCAUUCCCCCUCCCUCCGCUGCUGCGCCCGGCGCCAGCGGCUGGGAUGUGCCCGCUGCUCGUGUAAGGAGGACUUUUGACGGUGGCGCCCCCCCUGGUUUCGGUACCUGGAAAGAUGGCAAGCACAUUGUCGGAGCUAGAAACCCCAGAACAGAAAAGGAGCUGUACGGCGAAGCCGGAGAUGGGUUGCACCAGUCUACUGGUAUCAACUUUGACCGAUACGCUGAUAUCCCUGUCGAAAUCUCUGGAGAAGGCGCCCCCGAGCCCGUCACCGAGUUUACCUCCCCUCCCAUCGACCCUGUCCUUAUCGAGAACAUUCAGUUUUCUCGUUACACCACCCCCACCCCUGUCCAAAAGUACUCCAUCCCCACCAUCGCCCAAGGCCGUGACUUGAUGGCGUGUGCCCAGACUGGUUCUGGUAAGACGGGUGGUUUCCUCUUCCCCAUUCUUUCUGCCCUCUACACCUUCGGUCCUAGCGCUCCCCCUGCCGAGGCCGACUCUGGCUUCCGUGGCUACGGCGGCAGGGGCCGAAAGGCUUACCCCACUGCCCUCAUCCUCGCCCCCACCCGAGAGCUUGUUUCUCAGAUUCACGAGGAGGCCCGUAAAUUCGCCUACCGAUCUUGGGUGCGACCUGCCGUCGUCUAUGGUGGUGCCGAUAUCCGUCAACAGAUGAGCCAGAUCGAGCGAGGCUGUGACCUCUUGUCUGCCACUCCCGGUCGUCUUGUCGACCUUAUCGAGCGAGGCAAGAUCUCUCUUACCAACGUCAAGUACCUUGUUCUCGAUGAGGCCGACCGAAUGCUUGACAUGGGUUUCGAGCCCCAGAUCAGGCAGAUUGUUGAGCGAGAGGGCAUGCCCGGUGUCGAGGACCGCCAGACUUUGAUGUUUUCCGCGACCUUUCCCAGGGAGAUCCAGCACCUCGCCAGGGCUUUCCUCAAGGACUACAUCUACCUCACCGUCGGCCGAGUCGGUUCCACCUCUGAAAACAUCACUCAGCGUGUCGAGUAUGUCGAUGACCAGGACAAGCGUUCCUUGCUCCUCGAUUUGCUCCUUGCCGAGCAGACUGGCGGUUUGAUCCUCGUCUUUGUCGAGACCAAGCGAAUGGCCGACACUCUCUGCGACUUCCUCUGCCAGCGACGCCACAACGCCACCUCCAUCCACGGUGACCGAACCCAGCGCGAGCGUGAGGCUGCCCUCCACGCCUUCAAGUCUGGCCGUGCCCCCAUCCUCGUCGCCACCGCCGUCGCCGCCCGAGGUCUCGAUAUCCCCAACGUCACUCACGUCAUCCUCUACGACCUCCCCACCGACGUCGCCGAGUACACCCACCGAAUCGGUCGUACCGGCCGUGCCGGAAACGUCGGUACCUCUACCGCCUUCUUCAACCGAGGCAACUUGAGCAUCGGGCGCGACUUGAUUGAGCUCCUCAAGGAGGCCAACCAGGAGGUGCCUCAGUGGCUCGUUGAGAUUUCUUCAGAGUCUCGAGGCUUUGGCGGGGGCAGCUAUGGUGGACGAGGAAGGGGCGGACGACGAGGUGGUGGUGGUGGCGGCGGGUUCUCGUCCGGUGGGCGAGACUUCCGUCAGUCCACUGGUGGUGGCUUUGGCGGCGGCUCUCGAGGCGGUUACGGUGGUGGUGGCCCCAGCUUUGGAGGCGGUGGUUUCCCUUCUGCCGCUGGCGGCUCUAGCGCUAGCUGGUGGUAAACGCCACCACAACCUGCUCCCAUCACAAAUUGUAACAAUACUCCUCUUCCGAAAUACAAGCAACAAACACCCCGCGUUCUUUAUCCCCUCCCACAUUCACCCCCUACACUCUUCUUUCGUCUCUACCCAUCAAAACCGUCCUCUGCAUAUCAAAAUAAACCAAUACUAGACAUCACGGACGUUUUGAGUUUUUUUUUUUCUCUUAUAUUGCAUUAGUCUGCAUCCACCCAUAUAUACAGAAAGGAGACAUUUCUUUUUCCCAAACACACCUCGGAACGCUAUGGGUGAAAACUCUUUCACCAAAAACCAUACCACGCUUGUAUCAUCAACCUUUUCUUUCGUCUACUUUUAGAUUCUUUGCUUUUCUAUCCUUGUUUCUUUCCUGGCUUUGCGUCUUUUUUCUGUCGAUAGAUUCCUCUUUCUAUGAUUUGUGUUUUCUGAUCUCUGCAUCUCAAUUCUUCGGCCCCUUUUAGAAAACUACCUUUUUUUCUCAAGAUUUCAUGUGUGUAACGACCAUUCUCGAAAAGAAGAAAAAGCGAGACUUGAACCUUCCAUUCCAAAACAGUAGCAUAGACGAAUCAUCCAUUUCUUUCGUUUUUUCAGCCGGCGAGCAAGGGGAAGGAAGAAGGAGGUAGAAGUCUUUGAAAGGCUUUUUUUUGGGAGAUUUUCGUUUCAUGUGUUUAGUUUUUGGGGGAUCAAUAUGCCCGCCUAUAUGAGAUGUAGAGUGCCGGUACUGGCUUCAUUCAAAA